AUGGCUGACCGCUCACCCUCCCCGUCCCGCGACCUCUCCGCGUCCGGCCUCACCAUCCCCUCAGACUCAGAGCCAUACUCAUCACUGUCACCACCCUCCUCAAGCCCACCACAAUCAUCAUCGAACAACAAUGGGGAACAGCCGGUUAUAAUAUACCAGCCGCCAACUGUAUGGUCAAUAUUAAGAGGCGCGGCUAUCAAUCUUCUACUGCCGUUUGUCAAUGGUCUGAUGUUGGGGUUUGGGGAGCUAUUGGCGCAUGAAUUUGCGUUUAGGGUGGGGUGGAGCUCGACCAACGUCUGGCCUCGCCAUAGGAGUUCACACGCAAUUGGUCCUGGUGUCGAGAUGCGAGAAGAUCCGAUUGAGAGACGGAGAAGACAGUCUGAAUUCGAUCCUGAUCUAGUGGAUGCAGCAUCACUGGAGUGA